UUCACGGCAGGAGCUGAAGGCUAGUCUCUAUAUAAAACCCUACUUGUACGCAUUGUUCUGUAGUGUCUGGAGCUGUUUUAUUCAGGUGUCUUAAAGCAAUAAUUUAUUACUGAAUAUAUUAAGUAUAUGCUAUUUUGUUUUUGCGAUUUACUAAAAAAAAAAAAGAAAGAAAAAAUAAACAAAACCUCAAGAAUUUUGACUACAUGAUCCGAGCAGCCGGAGCAAAGCAGUUAAAGGGCUCCACAUCGGUGUCCAUCUCUCCGUAAAGAUGGGUUCGCGUCGCAGAGAGAACAUUUCCUUUGCCCAUGUUGUCUGCCUAAUAUUAUCGAUGCUGUAUCCAGCGUCUCCUCAAGCUAAUAUUAAUUGGGAGAUGCAACGCUAUGAUGGGUGGUACAAUAACCUGGCACAGCACAGUCGGGGAUCAACAGAUUCUCCUUUUAUGCGGCUCUUGCCUGCGAACUAUGCUGAUGGAGUGUAUCAGGCCAUACAGGAGCCACAGCUCCCCAACCCCCGUCGCCUCAGCAACGCCGCGAUGACGGGCCCGUCUGGGAUCCCAUCCAGCAACAACAGGACUGUGCUCUCCGUUUUCUUUGGGUACCAUGUUAUGUUCGAGAUUCUGGAUGCCAGAAGGCCAGGCUGCCCUCCUGAGUUUCUGAAUAUCCAGGUGCCCCAGGGAGACCCAGUCUUUGAUCCCAGCAACACUGGAAAGGUCUACCUCCCAUUCCAACGCAGCCAAUGGUCCAAGGAGACUGGAAAGAGCCCAAACAAUCCUAGAGCACAGAUAAACCACGUGACCGCCUGGAUCGAUGGGAGCUCUAUCUACGGGUCCUCUCACUCAUGGUGCGACGCACUGCGAAGCUUUUCCGAGGGGAAGUUCGCAUCCGGGCCAGACCCAGCCUUCCCAAAACAAAAUGACAGGAAAUACUUCAUGUGGAACUCUGCUGAUCCGUCAACAGGGUGGCACGGACUCACAGGACUUUAUGAAUUUGGCAACGCCAGAGGCAACGAAAAUAUCUUUAUUGUAGCCGAGGGUAUUAUCUGGUUUAGAUACCACAAUCACCUGGCUUCCAUGCUAAAGGCUGAGCACCCAUUAUGGUCUGAUGAAGACCUGUUUCAGAACGCCAGGAAAUGGGUCAUUGCAGCAUUCCAGAAUAUUGUUUUUUACGAAUGGCUGCCAGUAUAUCUAGGACAAAGUGUACCAGAAUAUCCAGGCUACCAGAAGUAUGUGGAUCCAGGGAUUUCACCAGAAUUCCAGGCUGCUGCCAUGAGCUUUGGCACCACCAUGGUGCCCCCUGGAGUCUAUAUGAGAAAUAAGAGCUGCGAGUUCCGGAACAUUACCAAUGUGGAUGGCAGCAAGUCUCCAGCUCUCCGUGUUUGCAAUAGCUACUGGAGCAGGCAGAACCCUAACCUCAAAAAUGGAGAAGAUAUUGAUGAUCUAAUGAUGGGCAUGGCAUCCCAGAUAGCAGAAAGAGAAGACAGCAUUGUGGUUGAAGAUUUGAGAGAUUACAUGUAUGGACCCAUGAGGUUUUCUCGUUCCGACCUGGUUUCUCUGAGUAUUCAAAGGGGGCGGGACAGUGGGCUCCCCAGCUACAACAGAGCAAGAGAGGGUUUUGGUCUCAAACCUAUUCAGAGCUGGGAGGAGAUAAAUCCCGAACUGUACAAAACAAACCCCAAGUUGUUCCAUGAACUGGCUGAUCUCUAUGGUAACGACACCUCCAAACUAGAGCUGUUUCCAGGUGGUCUCCUAGAGUCCAACGGCAACCCUGGAAAGCUGUUUGGUGCCAUCAUUCUGGACCAGUUUGAGCGUUUACGAAACGGAGACCGCUUCUGGUUCCAAAACACACAGAAUGGUCUUUUCACAGAUAAAGAAAUCCAAGCUAUUCGCAACACAACAUUUCAUGACGUGCUUGUUUCAGUGAUUAAUGCUGGCGACGAACACAUCCAAGAAAAUGUCUUUCUAUGGAAAAAGGGUGAUCCCUGUCCUCAGCCCCGACAGUUAACUGUGGAAGUCCUGCACCCCUGCACUAAUGUCACUACCUUGGAUUAUUUCGAAGGCAGUUCUGUCGGAUUUGGGAUUGUGCUUGCAGUCCUCCUCUGCUUUCCUUUAGGCAGCUUCCUUGUAGCCUAUCUGGUGGCUUACUUCCGCAAGUCCACGUUCAAGAAGCACCAGAAGAAGCAGGAAACUGUGAAUAAGAAGGUGGAGCUUGGGAAAGCAGUAACAGUGUCGGAGUGGCAGGGACCAAAGGAACCGCUCCGCCCAGUCAGCCUCAGAUACGAUGCCAACAAAUGGAUCACAGUUUUGGAUGCCCGCCGCUGCCCAGUCCGAGCCGUGAACCUGAACAACCAGAGCUACCUGGAUAUCAUCCAAUCCAACAACCAGGGCAAGAAAGCACUGCUUGUGAAGAUUCCCAAGGAGUAUGACCUGGUGCUGUUCUUUGAUGAAGAAUGCGAGCGAGCGGACUUCCUGACACACCUCCACACGUACAUGCGGAACAUUGAGGUGGCUUUAAACAUCACAGAGGCAAGAAAACAGGACCUGCUGAAGGGGGCUGUGACGAAACUGCAGAGAAGCCAAAUUCUAGACACAUUUUUUAGACACGCAUUUGCCCAGGUGCUUGACAUUGAAAAAUCAGAUGCCGGUGAUUUAAACCUCGUCACUUCAAAGAAAGCCAAGGAGGCCCUCCAGUGUGAGUUAACUGGGGCUGAGCUUGCUGAAGCACUGGGGCUCAAAGCAGACUCUCUGUUUGUAGAAGCCAUGUUUUCACUUGCAGACAAAGAUGGCAAUGGGUACCUCUCUUUCCAGGAGUUCAUGGACAUCAUAGUCAUCUUCAUGAAAGGCUCACCAGCAGAAAAGUCAAAGUUGAUGUUCACAAUGUACGAUCUUGACGGAAAUGGAUUUCUGUCUAAAUUUGAAUUUUCAAGGCUACUGAGAUCCUUCAUUGAGAUCUCCAACUGCCUGUCAAAGUCCCAGGGUGAGGAAGUCAUCAAGUCCAUGUUCAAGGAGGCAGGGUUCCAGGACAAGGAGGAGAUAACCUGGGAGGACUUUCACUUUCUGCUUAGGGAUCAUGAGAAGGAACUGCAGUUUGCUCAGCUCAAUGUGAAAGGGAUUGAGAUUCGGAAUAAAAACAAACAAAAAAUGUACAACAGGGUGUCUUUCAUUACCAAAGACAAGGACUGCAGUUCUUCCUGCUGCAAUGACACAGACCUGCAAGACAGUGACGUCAGUACAGUGGAGCAGCAGGGGCAGGCGCUCAGGAGAAGAAUGAUUGGCAAGCCCAACCAGCACUGUCCACACCUGUACACUGAAGCUAAACGAGAGAAAUACAACAGGAGCAAAGUUCACCACAAGAUCCAGCAGUUUAAGCGCUUUAUCGAGAACUACCGGCGCCACAUCGUGUGUUUUCUUAUUUUCUACGGCAUUUCAGCAGGAGUACUUGUAGAACGAGCUUACCACUAUGCUGUCCAAGCAGACACCACUGGGAUACCAGAGACCACCAUGGUGGGGAUCAUCGUGUCUCGAGGGACGGCAGCCUCAAUUUCCUUCAUGUUCUCCUACAUGCUGCUCACCAUGUGCAGGAACCUGAUCACCUUCCUGCGCGAGACUUUCCUCAACCGCUACAUCCCCUUUGACGCGGCGGUGGACUUCCAUCGCUGGAUUGCAAUGUCUGCCAUUGUGCUCACCAUUCUCCACAGUCUGGGCCAUGUAGUGAACGUGUACAUCUUUUCCAUAAGCCCUCUCAGUAUCUUGGCCUGCAUGUUCCCACACGUUUUCUUUAACGAUGGGUCUGAACUACCUCAGAAGUUUUACUGGUGGUUCUUUGAAACUGUUCCAGGAGUCACUGGAGUUAUCCUUCUCCUGGUUCUGGCCAUUAUGUAUGUCUUUGCUUCCCAUUACUUCCGACGCAUCAGUUUCCAAGGAUUCUGGAUCACACAUCACCUCUACGUCCUGAUGUAUAUUCUGACCAUCAUUCAUGGCAGCUUUGCCUUGAUUCAGCAGCCACGGUUUUAUGUGUACUUCCUCGUACCUGCUAUCCUCUAUCUGCUGGAUAAACUUGUCAGCCUGAGCAGGAAAAAGAUUGAGAUUGCAGUGGUUAAAGCAGAGCUCCUUCCCUCAGGCGUCACACACCUGGAGUUCAAGCGCCCCCAGGAUUUCGAGUACAAGUCUGGGCAGUGGGUGAGAAUUGCUUGCCUGGUCUUAGGAACCAAUGAGUACCACCCAUUUACCCUGACCUCAGCCCCUCACGAGGACAGGCUCAGCCUUCACAUCAGGGCAGUGGGGCCCUGGACCACAAAGCUACGAGAAACCUACUCCUCUGAGGUCAUCUCAGAGCUGGGUAGCUAUCCAAAAUUAUACCUGGAUGGACCCUUUGGCGAGGGCCACCAAGAAUGGAACAAUUAUGAAGUGUCAGUGUUGGUAGGGGGAGGAAUAGGGGUCACACCCUUUGCUUCCAUCCUGAAGGACCUUGUUUUCAAGUCUUCGAUCAACUGUAAGAUUAGGUGCAAAAAGAUCUAUUUUAUCUGGGUGACACGGACGCAGCGCCAGUUUGAGUGGCUGAUGGACAUUAUCAAAGAGGUGGAGAUGAAUGAUUCAAACAACCUGGUCUCAGUCCAUAUCUACAUCACCCAGCUGGCUGAGAAGUUUGACCUCAGGACCACUAUGCUGUACAUCUGUGAACGCCAUUUCCAGAAGGUAUUAAACCGCAGUUUGUUCACUGGGCUCCAUGCCAUCACUCACUUUGGACGCCCUCCUUUCGUCCCGUUUUUUAACUCUCUGCAAGAAGUCCAUCCUGAGGUUGGAAAAAUCGGUGUGUUCAGCUGUGGCCCACCAGGUCUGACAAAGAAUGUGGAGAAAGCCUGUCAGCAGAUAAACAAGCAUGACCACGCUCACUUCAUCCACCACUAUGAGAACUUCUAGACUGCAGCCUACAAAACACUUCCAUGAAGGAAUAAACCAGCCGAGCCUAUUCUCAAAAGCCUGUAAUAUAUUUAAAAAAGAGACACGCCGAACAACUAGAGAGACAACCGGGCAAGAUAAGAAGGCAACGCAUUUACAGAGAUCAACAAAAUGAUUUAAAUGCUAGAAAACUAGUCAUCACUCUUAAAUGAAUUGCUCCUACAUGCUUAACUGUUAGUUUCUACUGUUGCAAUCACUGAUAUGUCUCAGCCUGCCUUUGCCUUUGCCUUGCCUUGCCUGACUGCCUUUACGAGCAUUCUCAAUUUCUUCACUUUCUCUUUAUGCCACUAACAGGGAUUCUCCCUUUAAAUUACAGACUGGAGUAAACAGCUAUGUCAAUUGAGCCCUAUGAAGCAACCCAUAUGAAACAAUACCACAGUAUUCUUAGAUACAAAGAUACCAUAGAAUAGUUGCCAGUGCUAUUGGGAAUUAACUCAGGUACAACUGAAUUAACUUUAGUGUCCUAUAUUGCAUAUAACCCAUUAUAUACAGUAUGGUGUGUACAUCACCCAAAGUAACCCUUAGCCUCAACAAGGCAUCCCAAUAGUCUGCUGCAGUAUCAAACAAACCACGUUUACCAAAAGAGUACAUUUCAAGCACAAAGCUUUUUUUUUUUUUUUGUGUUCUGUGUAGAUUAAAUUGAAAUGUGAUUUGAAAUAUCCCACAAAAAAAAAAAAAUUGUGAAUCACUUCCGAAACCAGUGUGAUCUGUUUGUUAGUUUAAACUCAGUUGGAUAUUUAUCUUAUUGUUUUUGUCAGCUGUUAGGCAGUGAUUGAUCUAUAAAUAAUUCUUCAAAAUUCUUUUGUUACAUAGCUGAGAGAUACUGCACCAGUCCCACCAGGUAGUAUUAAUGUGGAUUAUGCAAUAAUUAAAUAUGCAUGCAUUAUAAAAUACCAUUUCAAAUCCUGUUACACAUACUUGGUGAGACUUAUGUUGAGAGUUUAUAUUAGAAUAAUAAAAUAUGGAAAUUAAACAAUAUUAACAGGCAAACAUGAUUAAAGCUUUAGCAGAAAUCUGUAGAAUGUUGUACUGCAAAUCAAGCACCAAUGCAUUGUAGGAGUGUAAAGAUUUAAUAGAAUGUUAAGAGAAAAACAUGUAUUUUAUAUUGAAAUGAAUAUGAACAACCCUACAUUCAGGGCUAUAACAACAAAUACAUGCCUAAAUGGGAUUUAUUCAGAUUAAAUAAAGUUAAAAUACUGGGCAUGUUUGGGGACAAUGCGUUUUAUUUUCUGCCAAAUAAAUCUUUGGUGACAUUUUAGAACAUGUUUUGCGUUUGAUAUGUUUCACUUUAUUUCAAACAGACGUGACAAAUUACAUGAAUUGCUCAUCGCUGAUCCCAAUUGAAUUUCAUUAUUGCAGUCGUCUAG